AUGCCAAUGCUAAAAGACGAUGAACUAGAGAAGCGCAAGCUCAAGAGAAUGUCCGUCGGAAUUGUGUGGAAUUGCGCAGCUGAGCUCAAACUCCUUCUCACGGUGCUCCUCUUCUUUUGCUCGCUCGCCGUCAUCCUCCAAUUUAUCCCUCCCCGUUUCUCUCUCUCCCCCGCCGACAUCCGCCACUGCCUCACCGCCACCCCCUCUCACCCUAACAGUAACAAUAAUACUGAUGAUAACGAUACUUCGUCUAACGAUGCCCACCACCGCCAUUUCUUCCGGCAAAGCAGAGAUGAGGUGUCAGAGGAUGGCCGGGUGCUCAAACGGGCGUUCAAUCCCUACGGCUCCGCCGCUUACAACUUCAUACUGAUGUCGGCGUACCGCGGCGGCCCCAACACCUUUGCCGUCGUCGGCCUCUCUUCCAAACCUCUCCACCUCUACGGCAACCCCACCUACCGAUGCCUCUGGCUGGGCCCCCGUAGUAACCCCGUCUCCACUCCCGGCCGCAAGAUCCUUCCCGAUUGGGGCUACGGCCGCGUCUACACGGUCGUCGUCGUCAACUGCACUUUCCCCACCGCCGUCGGCGCAGACAGCCAAGGUGGCCAGCUGCUUCUCGAGGCCGCCGUCAAUGGCGGAGGCGACCGCACCCUUCUCAACAUCACCGACACCAUUCUUGCCUUGGACGAAAGCCCACAAGACUACGCCAACUUCACGGCCCAAUUCACAUCGCCCCAGCCCACUUACGAUUAUCUAUAUUGUGGGUCAUCCCUGUACGGGAACCUGAGUCCUCAGAGGGUGCGGGAAUGGGUUGCCUAUCACGUGAGGCUGCUGGGCCCCAGAUCCCAUUUCGUGAUACACGAUGCAGGUGGCGUGCACCAGGGGCUGAGGCAAGUUUUGAGGCCGUGGAUGAACAAAGGCUUCGUAACUCUACACGAUGUGAGGGAGCAGGAAAGGUUCGAUGGUUACUAUCAUAACCAGUUCCUCAUAGUGAACGACUGUUUGCACAGGUACAGGUUUUCAGCCAAGUGGAUGUUCUUCUUUGAUGUGGAUGAAUUCAUAUACGUUCCGCCUAAAAGCACAAUCAAGUCCGUCUUGGAUUCCCUCUCCGAUUUCACUCAGUUCACCAUUGAGCAGAUGCCAAUGUCCAACAAGCUCUGCCUUUCCCAGGAUGCUCCCAUGCCUUUCAGGAAAUGGGGAUUCGAGAAGCUAGUGUACAGGAAUGUGAGGAGAGGCAUUCGUAGGGACCGAAAAUACGCUGUGCAGCCACGAAGUGUGUUUGCAACGGGAGUUCACAUGUCGCAGAACAUAGCGGGAAAGUCGACACACAAGACUGAUGGGCGCAUAAAGUACUUCCAUUAUCAUGGGACACUGGCCGAGCGGCGUGAACCGUGCCACCACUUUCUCAAUUCCACAGAAGUAACGAUUGAUGGGAUUCCUUACGUUAUGGAUACCACAAUGAGAGAUUUUGCAGCUUCUGUAAAGAGAUACGAGCUCAAAAUGAUUGGCUCCACAUUGCAGAGAACUCAGCAAUGA